UCCAAUAUUUAAAACCCAAUCCAAGCACUCACGAAGGCAGCGCACCAUUUCUGUCUCCAUCAUGCAAUCCUUCAGUCAUUCCCUCAUCAAACCCACUCCCCCUCCCUCUACCUCCCCCAACGCCACCACCUCCUCCUCCACCCGCCGCCACCACUGCCAGAUCUCCUCCACUCGCCGCCACAGCAACACCACCCUUGUCGUCUCCCAACAACAGCCCCCCGCCGAUCAUAUUGGAGACCUCAACCUUGUCCCCAUUGGAGGAGACUCACUCAGGCCACGUCCCAAGCCCCUCUCCAUCACCGACCUCGCUCCCGCCCCUAUGCACGGCUCCAACCUCCGCGUCGCGUACCAAGGCGUCCCUGGCGCCUACUCCGAAGCUGCCGCUGGAAAAGCCUAUCCUAAUUGCGACGCCAUCCCCUGCGACCAAUUCGAGGUCGCCUUUCAAUCUGUUGAGCUCUGGAUCGCCGAUCGAGCCGUUCUCCCUGUUGAGAACUCCCUCGGCGGUUCAAUUCAUAGGAACUACGAUCUCCUCCUCCGCCACAAACUCCACAUCGUCGGCGAGGUUCAAUUGCCCGUCCAUCACUGCCUCCUCGCUCUCCCUGGAAUCCGAAAAGAGUACCUAACUCGCGUCAUUUCUCAUCCCCAAGCCCUAGCGCAGUGCGAACACACUCUCACUAAACUCGGCCUCAACGUCACACGCGAGGCCGUCGAUGAUACAGCCGGCGCCGCCGAGUUCGUCGCCAUCAACAACCUUCGCGACACCGCCGCAAUCGCAAGCGCCAGAGCGGCAGAGCUUUACGGCCUCGAGAUCUUGGCGAACGGAAUCCAAGACGAUUCCGGCAACAUAACCAGAUUCGUGAUGCUGGCGAGAGAACCGAUCGUUCCUCGUAUAGAUCGGCCGUUCAAAACCAGCAUCGUCUUCGCACACGAGAAAGGGACAUCGGUGCUGUUCAAGGUGCUCUCAGCCUUUGCCUUCAGGAACAUCAGCCUUACGAAGAUCGAAUCGCGGCCGCACCGGAGUCACCCGAUCAGAGUGGUCGACGACGCGGACGGCGGGACGGCGAAACACUUCGAGUAUCUGUUUUAUGUGGAUUUCGAGGCGUCCAUGGCGGAGCCUAGGGCUCAGAACGCCCUAGCGGAGGUUCAGGAAUUCACUUCCUUCCUGAGGGUAUUGGGCAGUUAUCCGAUGGAUAUGACCCCAUGGAGUCCUUCUCGUGAGGAUUAGCUUAUUAUUAUUAUUAUUAUUAUUAUUAUUAUUCACUCCGUCA